GGCCUCGCCACCGGCCCCGCCGCGCCCCCUCCUUUGGGCCAAUCGCCCGCCCCGCCCCGCCCCGCCCCGCCCGCAGCCCGGAGCGCAGCCCGGCCCCGGGCGCCGCAUUCGGCACCGCCAUGGAGCUGGGGCUCGCGGGGCGCCGGGCGCUCGUCACCGGGGCGGGCAAAGGCAUCGGGCGCAGCACGGUCCGGGCGCUGCACGCGGCGGGGGUGCGGGUGGUGGCCGUGAGCCGCACCCAGGGCGACCUGGACAGCCUGGUCCGCGAGUGCCCCGGGGUGGAGCCCGUGUGCGUGGACCUGGGCGACUGGGCGGCCACGGAGCGGGCGCUGGCCGGCGUGGGCCCGGUGGACCUGCUGGUGAACAACGCCGCCAUGGCACUGCUGCAGCCCUUCCUGGAGGUCACCAAGGAGGCCUGUGACACCGCCUUCGACGUGAACCUGCGGGCGGUGGUCCAGGUGUCCCAGGUGAGCGGCCGGGGCAGGGGGCGCGGCCCCCUCACCGUCUCUGAAUUCCAGAUCGUGGCGCGGGGCCUGAUCGCCCGCGGGGCCCCCGGGUCCAUCGUGAACGUGUCCAGCCAGGCCUCCCAGCGGGCACUGGCCAACCACAGCGUCUACUGUGCCACCAAGGGGGCCCUGGACAUGCUGACCAAGGUGAUGGCUAUGGAGCUCGGGCCGCACAAGAUCCGCGUGAACACAGUGAACCCCACGGUGGUGAUGACCCCCAUGGGCAAGGCCAACUGGAGCGACCCCAUGAAGGCCAAGACCAUGCUGGACCGGAUCCCGCUGGGCAGGUUUGCGGAGGAGCAGGACGUGGUGGACGCCAUCCUCUUCCUGCUGAGCGACCGCAGCAGCAUGACCACCGGCUCCGCGGUGCCCGUGGACGGGGGCUUCCUGGCCACCUGAGCCCCACGGCCCCGCCCCUGAGCCCCGCCCCUGAGCCCCGCCCCC